AUGGAGAUUGGGGAGUAUGGUAAGAAGAAUGGGGAGAAGGAGCUGAGACUAUUGCUCUCCUUACUGCCUCCAUCAAGAUUGGUUCAGGAACUGGGCAUUGCCCCUGUGCCUCCAUCUAGGGGCCUAAGCUGGAAGGCAGGAGGACAUGGAGGAAGUGUGUUUGUGCCACUGAAGGAGACAUCGGUGGAAAGCCUCCUACAAACUACCACUCAUGCUCUGGCUAAGCUGCAAGUGCCCCGGGAGCAACUCUCUGAAGUUCUGGAGGAGAUCCACAGUGGUAGUUGUGGGGCCAUCUAUCGAACCAAGAUGUGUACUGGGGACCCUGCUAAGCCAAAGAGUGUUGUCCUCAAGGUUUUGAAAGAACCGGCUGGCCUCCACGAGGUGCAGGAUUUCUUAGGGCGAAUCCAGUUCUACCAGCACCUGGGGAAGCACGAGAACCUGGUGCAGCUGCAAGGCUGCUGCACAGAGGAGCUGCCGCUCUAUAUGCUGCUGGAGGAUGUGGCCCAAGGGGACCUGCUCAGCUUUCUCUGGACCUGUCGGCGGGAUGUGAUGACCAUGGAUGGCCUUCUCUAUGAUCUCACAGAAAAACAAGUAUAUCACAUCGGGAGGCAGGUCCUCCUGGCUUUGGAAUUUCUCCAGGAUAAGCAUCUGUUCCAUGGGGAUGUGGCAGCUAGGAAUAUCCUGAUCCAAAGUGAUCUUACUGCUAAGCUCUGUGGACUGGGCCUAGCUUACGAAGUCCAUGCCCGAGGGGCCAUCCCGGCUACUCACAACGUACCUCUCAAGUGGCUCGCCCCAGAACGGCUUCUGCUGAGACAAGCUAGCAUCAGAGGAGACAUCUGGUCCUUUGGGAUCCUGCUUUAUGAGAUGGUGACUCUAGGGGCACCACCAUAUCCUGAAGUCCCUCCUACCAGCAUCCUACAACAUCUCCAAAGAAGGAAAAUAAUGAAGAGACCCAGUAGCUGCACACAUACCAUGUAUGGUCUUAUGAAGUCCUGCUGGCGCUGGAGUGAGGAGAGCCGCCCCUCACUUAAAGAGCUACACUCACGCCUAGAAAUCGCCGCUCGAACUGCAAAUGACAAAGCUGUGUUGCAAGUACCCGAGUUGGUGGUGCCUGAACUGUAUGCAGCCGUGGCAGGUAUCAGCAUGGACAGCCUCUCCUACAGCUACAGCAUCCUAUGAAGAUCUUGGGGAAAGAAACAUUUAUGAGUGAUCAUAUACUAUUGGAAUGGAUUCCUCCGAGAACGGAGAAUAGCUUUCUAGUGGGACAUAAAGGGACAAAUAGGAUAUUCCCCUACACAUUUCCCUAGAUACCCAAAAUGAUGCCAGAUGAGGCUCUACACUCCAUAUACCCUGGAGACUGAGAAGUAUAGUUUCAUUUCUGCUGUCCCAAUCCCGAAGACCCACAGUAGAUGUGGUGGAUAGUACCAUUGCAAAGAAAAUCUUAGAAAUCCACGUUUGUCUGGCAUUGCACAAACAAGCUGGUCCUCCCACCACAGACUGGUUUCCUCUUGAAGCAUGCUUUCAUCUAGAUUAUAGAGUCCAGAGAAGUUGGGAGUCAACUGAUGGAAUAAGGAGCCGAAAAAGAAGUUGAUGAGAAAGAAAAUCAAAAGGUUCUAUUUGCUCAGGAGUACAGACGUGGACCAAGGUCAUCCUUCAAAGAGAAGGUGGAGGAAGGAGAUAAAGUUCUUCAGUCCUGGUCCGUUCAUGCAGGACUGGAGGAGGACCAUGUAGGAAAACUUCAGAGUUUCCUUUUGGGUAUAGAUAAGAGGUAGAUAGUCUCUUCUUAUCUAAUUAUGAGACAAGUGAACUUGGCUGGAACUACUUUUAACUAGAAGCUGGAGAGGUCCUUUCACGAUUAAGAACAUUCAACAGCUAUUGUUCAUCAGACUAGCUUCCUGGUCCCCAUAAAACUAGGGAGACUGAGCCUAGAGAGCCCAUUAGGCUGUGAUGAAUAUACAGUUGACCCUUGAACAACAUAGGUUUGAACUAUGUGG